GCAUCCUCUUUCUCAAUUGAAAUCGCGUUUAGCUAACGCGACCUCCGUCUGGCCUGAAGUCGAACGCCUUCUCUCUCUCUCAUCUCUCCUCCGGUGGCCAUUGUUUAGCUCCGUGAAGCUCCGAAUCGGCUUCUGCUCGCUCUUCUCUUGAUCGUCAUGGCUGAUCCUGAAUUAGAAGCAAUUAGGCAGAGAAGGAUGCAGGAGCUUAUGGCUCAACAUGGAGUGGGAAAUCAGCAAAACCCUGAUCAGCAGAAAGUCCAGGAGGAAGCAAAAAGAGAGGCAGAUGAACGGCGGCAGAUGAUGCUUAGCCAGAUUUUGUUACCUGAAGCACGGGAAAGACUUGCUCGGAUUGCUUUGGUGAAACCUGAGAAGGCUAGAAGUGUUGAAGAUGUAAUUCUGCGAGCUGCUCAAAUGGGUCAGAUAGUUGAGAAGGUUACUGAAGAGAGGCUCAUCUCACUGCUGGAGCAGAUCAACACUCAGACAACCAAACAGACCAAAGUCACUAUCCAGAGGCGUCGGAAUGUUCUCGAGGACGAUGAUUAGCUAGCUCCCGAUAUUUUCUGUUCUGCAGUGAAAGAAGUACUUCCUCCUGGUUCUUUCUGCUGCUGAGUGGCACGCAGUUGGUUAGUAUGUGAAGCUGUUUCCGUAACAUAAUCUGUGUAUGCUAGUAUGUCUUUGUGCUGAUUGAUAUCCGAUAGGCAUAUAUAUAUGAUACCUUCGGAGUGCUGCUAUACUGCUUGACUGUAUCAGAGGAGAUCUUUUUACGGUUGGUACAUGUUGGGGUUUGGAAUUUGGAAAUGAUGACGAAGAUGGAUGAAUGAUUAUUUAAGCAGUUCAUUGAGAACAUUAUGCGGUAAAA